AUGAAUCCUUCCUCCAACCUAUGCAAGCUCUUUCUAUCAGCAUUCUUACUGACCAAUAAUCAUGGUGCCGAUGCCUUUUGUUCUCGUCGUCCAACUACGAGCCAAUCCUUUUCCCGUGUUUCGUCCUCGUCGCUUCGUGCUGAAGAGGAAAUGGCAGCUUCGGUGGCCGACACUGUCCAAACUGCUGCUGAAUCAGUUCAAGCUGCCGCAGCUACUGCUACUGCUCCCGUCGAAUCCUCUGCUCCUGCCGCCGUCGUGGAAGCAGUUCCAGAGGUUGUCAAAAGGGUUGCCGCACUGGGAGACCCUCUUUACGAACCAGUGGUCGAUGCGGAUACCAUGGCUCUAGUCCUUGGACAAGAAAAUUAUGGUUUGGCCAUUGUCUUGUUGGGAGAAGGCAUCUGGUCCUUGUCUUCGGCACCCAGUAUUGAUCAAGCUCUAAAGACUUUGGUCCCUGCUGCCGUUGCUGCUGCGAUUUUGGCGAUUGUGUCGGGACCCAUGGUGACCAGUGGAGAUGUGUCUCAAGUCGGUACCGGAUUGUUCGUUGCGGAUGCUGUUAGUAUCAUCAUGGGUUUGAUCUACGUGGCUCGAUGCUUGGCUCCGUUUUCAGCGUCGCCCAAGGAAAUCCCCGCCUUGGGAAUCUUGGUCGCUUUGGCUGGGUUCGUUACCUUUUCUGAAAACUUGAUCGUGGAUGGAUAUGUCAUCCUUCCACAAUUGCCACAAUUGCCAUCAAUUGAACUUCCCAGCAUCCAAUUGCCAUUUUAA